AGACCUCCUCAAAUUCACGGCACCUGGGCCGCUGGCAGAGCAGAAACAUGAAAGCACACACACGGACUUUCAUCGCCUUUCUGCCGUUCCCUCAGCUUCUUUCUCCCUUUUUGUCGGCACGGGGUAGCGGUCAUCGUUGACGCAAGAAGUGAACACCACCGGACAGUCACUACGGCAAAAAUGUUUGACGCCGGCGUGACUCCACAAAGUCGAUACGCAUCCGAAAUGGACCGCAGCACGUCGGGCUGUGCGCAGGCUCCGGCCACACACGAGAAGGAAGAGGAGGAACGACAGUGGAGACGUCGGGAGCUCGAAGACUGCGUAGACGGGCGCCUCGGCCGUCUCCGGAGCUUUGAUGCGUCCGCGAUGUUGGGCAGCCAUGACUUCUUCCGCAUUUCGAUGUCAAACAGCCUCAGCAUUUCGCCAACACCGAUCAAGAGCGACAUCAAUGUUUGGCAGCUGCCCUCCUCAGCAGAAGCGCCGGGCUCUCUGUGUGAGACCGAGGUAGCUGCUGUUCACAAGAGGGCGGGUGCGGAAGCUGCUCGCCACGCCGUAGCGCCUCCCAACCACGAUGAGAACGGCGCGCGUGGUGCGGUGAUGCGCAUCAAGAAUUGUCGCGAGAUCGACUUUACCGUCGACUUUUCAGAUAGGAAGGGUAAACGAGCGUUAGGGAGCACGAUCGCAACGUGCAGCGCAUCUGAUAUUGUUGAGCACACAGCUGUCUGCAAAGCGAGGACAAAGCGCAGAACGUCAUGGAGGAAGAAGAUGUGGAAGCUCAAGAGUGUUCCGGCUGCUUGA